AAGCAUUGAUAUUUUUGGAACGCGGUUCUUUCAAAUAUUUUUUAAAACUAAAAUAUUUUGUGUAAAGACAAAUUGAGAGAGAAAAAAAGAAUUUUUUUAAAAAUUUAAAUAAAUUAAUUGACUGUUAACCGGAGGAAGCGUACUUUAAAUAUUUAUACGAAAGUGUUUUGCAUCCGUCGUCAAAUUAGUAUAAAAUAGUUGUUGUGGUUUGCAGAAUUGAUUGUACAGUGGUGAUACCCAUUCAGAACGUUUUUACACAUUUCGGAUUAAUAUCCAGAUCACAAAAUGAAUUUGAUCUUUCUGGUCGGUCUUUUGACUACUGUGGCGCUGGUUUCACAAACAGCAGCUCUUCCCGAUAAAAAUGAUGUUGAUGAUAAGUCGCCAUCGGUAGUAAGCCGAUUGGAUCCGGUACUACGAAAAGCCUUAUUGCAAGCCUUAAGUAAUUUAGAACGGAAUUCAUCAGAGGAUGAAAGUGGCGAUGCUGAAGAAACCACUCUCACUACGAUCAGCGAUGAAAUCUUAGAAGAAAGCACUACAUCGGAUCAAACGCCAGCCGUUCAAUAUCAUUCGUACGUAGUCGAUGCCAACAACGAAACAGGAACGACCAACGAUGACACCGAAAUCAUUCAGACAAUUAUUGUUAAAGCACCUCGACCAACUGUUUCAUCAUCUUUGGAUGUAGAUGAAGUCAGCGAACAGAGCGAUAACGAUGUCAUUAUCAAAUUCGAUAAAUUGGAUCCAGUUAAAGAAAGUGAUAUUCGUGUCGAAACAGUACAAGUUGCUCGAAGUGUAUCGCCGUCAGACAAAGCAAACGAAAUAAACGGUGAUGCAGAUGAUGAAAAUAUUAACGAAAAAUCGAUCACUAAACAAUUGAAGAAAGUGACCACGUAUAAGCCAACUACAACCACGACCACAACAACGACAACUGAAGCACCGACUCACAAUGAAGAUGGUGAAAAUAUUGAGCAUGUUAAAGAAAAUGACGUAAAAAUCUACCAAGCACCGUUGGUCACGGCCUUUACCAUUCAGCAAGAUGGAAAUGGACUACCGAAAAAUGUGAUUCCAUUAUAUAAGCAGGACGUAGUUCCAGCUAGCAUGUCAUUGCCAGUCGAACAAUUUUCGUUCUCAUCUCAUUCUUCCAAUCAAAACUUCCAAAAUGUUCAAUCAAACCGUAACACCAAUCCAGCUCCUGCAUUUUCGAUUCAAACCUCCCAUCAACCCCAACCGCCCGUUUUCAAUGCCAACACCUAUUCGUUCUUGGAACAAAAGCAAAAACAGCUUGAACAACAAAUCGUUUUCUUGCAGGAACAACAGAGAAAACAGGAGGAAUUAUUUAGACAACAACAAUCUUACCAAGAUCAGCAAGCACUUCAACGACAAGCUCAACUGUUAUUGGAACAACGUUUGCGAAUCGAAGAGGAUUAUCGUUUGAGACAGCAAAAAUAUGAACAGGAGUUGAAAGCUUACAAAGAAAAGCAACAAGUUCAAUUACAGGCAAGAUUCAAUCAGCCUUCUGUUGUUGUAGAGGGACAGACUACGCCAAAUACUCAAGCGGAUAGUGUGAAGGAAGCACCACUUGACCAAGCUCAAAUUACUCAACAACAAUUACAGACCCAGCAACAACUUCCCGCACAGCAGCAACUUCCUGCACAGCAACAGGCUCCUACACAACAACAAAUUCAUACACAGCAACAAUUUCCCGAGCACCAACACCUCCCCGUACAACAACCACCGCAGCCUUUUGCGCCAGAAUCAAAUCAGCAAAACGUUCAAGUUCAACAUCAAACAGUCACUGAGGUACAAAAUCAGCAACAUCUUCAAGUGCAGCCCUUACAACAACACCGUGAACAAGAUAUUGAACUUCAACGACAAAUAGAACGACAAAAUGAAGAAUAUCGAAUCAAAACAUUAAAGUAUGAAGAGGAACUGAAAACAUACAGACAGAAGAUCCAGGCUCAACAGUAUGCUGAACAACAGUCUCAACAACAACAACAACAACUCUUCUCUCGGCAACAGCUUCCAUUCUUACCGGCACAACAAUUCGCUCCCGCUCAACAAAUAUUCACCCAAGGACUACCUCAACAGCAACAACCGGUCCGAUUCAAUAACAAUCAACCACAAUUCCGAACAAACGUUCAAAUCGUGCCAAGCGUGCAGUUCCAAUCGUUCCAGGUUCCUACUCAACAAAUGCUGCCGAUCCGCGAAGCACAGACCUUCCGAUCUCGUUCUCAAAGCGAAUUCCAGCAACAAACAAACAUUCCCCAACUAUCCCCCGUCCAGGAACUUCCACAAAGAUCCUUCCAGCAAUUCCACACAUCCGGUCCAGUCAUUCAAAAUUCAAACAUCGAUCCAGUCAUUGCAGCACCACCAGACGCCAUCCAACGAAACCGAGUCUUUCGUCAAGAAUCGGACACAGCCAAUUUUUUCAACAACAACAACCGAAUUACUCUCAAUCCGGUAAACAACAAUGCCGACAAUUAUUUGCAGAGCUUAUUGUUCCAAUCGGGCAUUUCCGGUCGACAGAACGAAGAUCUGAACAUUAUCACCAAGGUGCUGGCUUUAAAUCAUGGCAUUCAACAGUCGCCAAAUGAUCAGCAACAAAUCCGUUUUCCACGACGUGAAAAUGUGUAAGAGAAAAUUUUUAUUUUGCGUUUGCUGAAGAAAACGUGUUUUAGCGAUUUUCUUAAUGUCAUUCUGCUAAAUGUUUUGUUCAAAUGAUUGGAAUUGAGAAUUUGUGCGUGCGCAACAAUUUUAUUUUUGUAAUACUUAUUUUAGCAACAAAACUUAAGCGCAUGAAAUGAAUUUAGGAAAUCAAUUGAUUAAAUUGCUGCAACAACAAUUUUAUUUAAUCCAUGCCAUUGUGACAAUGCUUUUCGUUUAAAUUUCGAUAAAAAAAAUUUAUUGGAACUUUUCUUUAAUUAAAUUAUUUAUUUCCUGCUGCUGCUUUUAAAUUCUCAAUUAAAAAGAAAAUAUUGUAGGUAAGGAUGGAAUACGGUAGUUUUAACGUUGCAUUAUACAGUAUGUCUUUCGAUAUGGAGGUAUUUUUUGUUAAUCAUAAGAUAUAAUACGAUGAAUUUUAUGACCAGUGACUACAUCACUACAUCUUGUGAUUAACAAAAGCGUACUUUUAUUCAAUGAAAUUACAAUUUUAAAGAAUUUAUUACAUCUAAUCAUACUUGCGCAAUAGGACAAUAUAUCUAUUCGACUAGAUAUUAAAUUGGGUCUGUUUCAUAUUUUACCGUUGAAAAUUAUUAAUUGUCGCGUUCAUAACAAAAUACAAACACAUUUUUCAUGUAAAUAUAAUAGAAAUAAAAAAAAAUUCCCAACAAACAAAUCUAUUUGCCAGAUUAAUUAAUUAAGUUUAAGCUUUUCGAUAGAGGUAUUUAUACUUAGAUUUAAUUAAAUUAUUUUAUUGAACACAAUACAACAAAA